AUGGCCAUGAGGAGUGUGCUCUUGGUCCUUGUGGCCCUUGUCUUGCUCUCCUGUGUCCCACCAGGGAGAAGUGGACCCAAUGCGUACUUAAAACAGGUCUUUUCUACAUGUUGGCGAACGCAUGGUGCUUGCAAGCCAAAGUGCGACAAAAGUGAGCUGUACCAUAUUUUCUGUGAUGUUACAAAUCUGUGCUGCAUAGAGAAAAAGUAUUUACCAGCACUGUCUGGGAAAUAG